AUGAAUGACGAAGUAAUUGUCAUAAGCUUUUCUGAGACAGUCCGAUCUGAAACACUGAAUGUGCACCUCAUUUCAUUACAGAAUGAAAACUCUUCUGAGCUUGCUACUCAAACCUACACUCUUGGUUCUGACAUAUUAACUCGCACAUAUGAUGGACCCACAGACAUACUAACUAUCAAGUUGGGGAGAGAUGACCUCAAUGUUAUCAAGUUCCUGGCAGAGUUAGCAAUUUCAAAUACAACCACUUACAUCACUGCUGAACCACUGUCAAUCAUGGAUAUGAAGAGCCUCGCUCUUGUAGGCAUCAACACAUCCAAUGCCCUUCAAGUGAGUCAUUUUACUCCUGAUGAAAUGCCACCACUGCUGAGAGACUAUGUACUUGACCUAAACCUUGGUUGCUUACAUUUAACUUUUGUGGAGACAGUAAACGUAACUACUCUGAACUAUAAUGGACUAAUACUACAAGUUAUUCCUGAUCUGAGUGUGUUUGAUAAUACAACUGGCAACAGCUCUAAUAUGACGGACAUAGAAAGUUCAUCUGGUUCAGGGAGCGGAGCACCGGUCGAUAUAACACUGUAUGAGUCAUGUGAUAUUCUUUACUUCCGUUUGACUGGAGGGUACACACUGACUCCAAAAAACAGCCCUGAGGUAUCUUUCAACUUUACCUGGGAUGAUCUGAAUGACAUCAAGCGGGAGACUUGUCUUGGAACUGUAGUGAGCAAUACUUACGUCAGUAUCGAUGUGGGGACUAUCUUGGACAUGAAUGAGAAUCCAAUCGAAGAAGUUGAUAUAAACUCUGGUAAAAUUGCACUGAGUGUCAUCCCAGACGAUACACCUCCAAAUCUCGGCAGUUUUGAUCUGAACAUGACGACUGAGAUUUUGACUCUCUAUUUUGAUGAAACUGUUGACGUGGAGACAUUUGAUCCCCAGAGAGAUCACUUUCUAUGCCUCUCCUCUGCAGCUCCUUGUUGA